AUGUUCAGAAGAAAACAAAAACAGCAAAUUGACACAUCCUACACCUCCGUGAUUGAUGGCAUUGAGAAGAUAUACGACACAAAACUUCACAAGUUAGAGGCAGACUACUUAUACAACACCUUAGUUUCUCCAGAGAUGAAAAAAGCUGAUUUUGAAGCCAAGCCGAUGGUCUUAUUUUUAGGGCAGUAUUCGACGGGUAAGACGACAUUUAUUAAUUACCUUCUGAAUUAUGACUAUCCGGGGUCAAACAUUGGCCCAGAACCCACAACAGAUGGAUUUAUGGCUGUUAUGCAUGGUGCAAACAAUUCAGUGAUUCCAGGGAAUACCCUUUGUGUGCAGUCGGACAAGCCAUUUACUUCAUUGAGUAAAUUUGGCAAUGACUUUAUGGCCAAGUUCAAUGGAGCGAUGUGUAAUUUGCCGUUAUUAGAGCAUUUGACCUUCAUAGAUUCUCCUGGGAUAUUAUCAGGUGAAAAGCAGCGGAUAGGGAGGAAUUAUGACUUUAUGGAAGUAGUCCGUUGGUUUGCGGAGCGUGUUGAUAUGAUAGUAUUAGUCUUUGAUGCGAACAAGUUAGACAUUUCCGAUGAGUUUAAGCGGGUAAUUGAAGCGGUCAAGAAGCAUUCCGAGAAGAUUAAAAUAGUCUUGAACAAAGCGGAUUCAAUCACACCACAGCAGUUAAUGCGAGUGUAUGGAGCUUUAAUGUGGUCAUUAGGAAAGGUGAUGCAAACACCGGAGUGUUUACGAGUCUAUGUUUCUUCCUUCUGGGAUCAACCAUUAAAAGAUUCGAUGUUUGUCCCACUCUUUGAGAGUGAACGUGACGAUUUAAUGCGCGACUUACAUGAUUUACCCAAAUUGGCGACAACUCGAAAAGUCAAUGAAAUCUGUAAAAGAGCAAGAAUAGCUAAAACUAAUGCUUACCUUGUCUCUUAUUUAAGAGACCAAAUGCCUACCUUUGGAAAAGAAAAGAAAAAAGCCGAAUUGAUUGCCGGAAUGAACGACGUAUUUAAUGCAGUGAUGAUUAAAUAUCAACUCACCGCUGGCGACUUCCCUCCUAUCGAAGUCUAUAAGGAACGCCUCCAAAAUGUCGACUUCGCAAAAUUCCCAAAACUCGAUAUGAAACUCCUCGCCGCAGUCGAUGAGGUACUCAGCACUGACGUCCCAACACUUCUCAAGAAAUUCCCAAUGACGGAGGAUAAACCUCACUCGAAUCCUUUCGAAGCUGCUACGGGUUACGAAAAGGCAGUCGAAAUCCUUUCUAUCACAGAAGACGAAGAAAUCACUUAUGAAAAAGAAUUCGACAAGUUGCCAAAAGACUCGACUGGGCGCGCUGAAGGUUCAGACUGUCUCAAGCCGUUAUCGGCGUCGGGGGCAAGUAAAAAGGACUUGAGAAAAAUUUGGACUUUGGCAGACUCGGGGAGAAACGGGUCACUCAACGCGCACCAAUACAUCUUUGCAAAGGCACUUGUUAGGUGCCUACUUGAGUCAGGUAAUUAUCCAGAGAACCUCCCUACAGUGGAGUAG